CAUGAUCUCUACUGGCGGGAAAAUGACGUCAUUCCACCAUCACAAGACCAUCACCUCAAGUCCAGUACAGCUUCAACCCCAGUCACAUGACAAGGGCACCACUGUCAUGUGUCACGAGUACGUAACACCUUUCCUUGGAACUCACUGCAACUGAGUUGUAAAUGUUGGACCUGCAUACGUGUAAUUUGGUAUUACUAAUCAAAUAAAACCAGAAACUCCGUAAAUACCCGGACGGGCCCUUUAGACACCAUUCGUACGAGAGGCACAGAGAAAGGGACAUGGUGGACUUAAACCAGCGGUGCCUGCACCUUCAAAGUGAGAAUGAAAAAGUUCCUAAUGAUCUGCAGACAGUUCUUCCUAAUCCAUUUUCAAAGCAGGAAGAGUCACCUACAAAGAAUUUGCCAAAUGACAGCCCAUCUAAAUCUUCCCGUUUUAUUAAGAUAAAGAACUGGGAAACAGGCGCCAUUUUAAGUGAUACGUUGCACCUAAACUCAAGAGUGGCAACUGGGUGCAGAGAGCAGAUAUGCACGGGAUCAAUUAUGAUGCCAAGUCAACACUUAAGGAAACCAAGUGAAGCCCGAACUAAAGAGCAACUUGUUCUACUGGCAGAAGACUUUUUCAACCAGUACUACACAUCCAUCAAAAGGCAUGGAUCUAAGGCUCACAUUGAAAGGAUGGAAAAGGUGAUGAGGGAGAUCGAAACAACCGGCACUUACCAGCUUAAAGACACUGAGCUAAUUUAUGGAGCCAAACAUGCCUGGAGGAACGCUGCCCGCUGCAUUGGGAGGAUCCAAUGGUCCAAGUUGCAGGUUUUUGAUGCACGUGACUGCUCCACUUCUCACGGCAUGUUCAACUAUAUAUGCAAUCACAUCAAGUACGCCACCAACAAGGGAAAUCUCAGAUCAGCAAUUACAAUAUUCCCACAGAGAGUAGAUGGAAAAUGUGAUUUCAGAAUCUGGAACAGCCAAUUGAUAAGAUAUGCUGGGUACAAACAAGCUGAUGGCUCUAUCAUUGGUGACCCUGCUUCGGUGGAGUUGACUGAGAUCUGUAUCCAACAAGGUUGGAAGGCGCCACUGGGUCGCUUUGACAUCCUCCCUCUUUUGCUUCAAGCCAAUGGAAAUGACCCUGAACUAUUUGAGAUUCCUCCUGAACUAAUCUUGGAAGUACCUAUCAGACACCCCAAGUUUCAAUGGUUUGAAGAUCUGAAACUGAAGUGGUAUGCCUUGCCAGCUGUUUCGAACAUGCUCCUGGAUAUUGGAGGUCUUGAGUUUACUGCUUGCCCCUUCAAUGGUUGGUAUAUGGGGACAGAGAUUGGAGUCCGAGACUUCUGUGAUGUUGCUCGCUACUACGUGCUAGAGGAAGUAGCAAAGCGAAUCGGACUUAACACUGGAAAUGUAUCGUCUCUUUGGAAGGACCAAGCAUUAGUUGAAAUAAAUAUUGCUGUCCUACACAGUUUUCAGUCUGACAAAGUGACAAUUGUGGACCAUCAUUCUGCAACGGAAUCAUUCAUGAAACACAUGGAAAAUGAAUAUCGAUGCCGAGGGGGGUGUCCCGCAGACUGGGUGUGGAUAGUCCCCCCAAUGUCAGGAAGCAUUACACCUGUCUUCCAUCAGGAGAUGCUGAACUAUCACCUGAGCCCAUCAUUUGAAUAUCAGUUAGACCCUUGGUUCACUCAUGUGUGGAAAGCAGCCAAUGGAACUCCCACCAAAAAGAGGGCUAUUGGAUUCAAGAAGCUGGCAAAGGCUGUGAAGUUCUCCACCAAGCUGAUGGGACAAGCAAUGGCCAAACGAGUAAAAGCCACCAUUUUAUAUGCUACCGAAACUGGAAAGUCCCAAGUCUAUGCAAAAACACUGUGUGAAAUUUUCAAACAUGCAUUUGAUGCAAAGGUCAUAUCCAUGGAUGACUAUGAUAUUGUUCACCUGGAACACGAAGCACUGGUGCUGGUGGUCACAAGUACUUUUGGCAAUGGCGACCCACCUGAGAAUGGAGAAAAAUUUGGUUCUGCACUGAUGGAAAUGAGACACUCUAACUCAAAAUCAGCAGAAGGACAGAGUUAUAAAGUUCGUUUCAACAGUGUAUCCUCAGUGUCAGAUGCUCGGAAAUCUUCAAGUGAUGAAGCAGAAAGCAGAGACAACUUUGAGAGUACUGGCCAAUUGGCCAAUGUUAGAUUUUCUGUCUUUGGUCUCGGCUCUCGAGUUUACCCCCAUUUCUGUGCUUUUGCUCGAGCUGUUGACACCUUACUUGAAGAACUUGGAGGAGAGCGAAUUAUGAGGAUGGGUGAGGGGGAUGAACUCUGUGGACAAGAGGAGUCAUUCAGGACAUGGGCUAAGAGAGUCUUCAAGGCAGCGUGUGAUGUAUUCUGUGUGGGGGAUGACGUCAAUAUCGAAAAAGCCAACAACUCCUUAAUCAGUAACGAUCGCAGCUGGAAGAGGGCAAAGUUUCGUCUGACCUACCAAGCCACUGCACCUGACCUCACACAAGCUCUCUAUAGCAUUCACAAAAAGAAAGUUUCGGCUGCGAGAUUAUUAUCCCGACGCAACUUGCAAAGUCCUAAAUCCAGCCGUUCUACAAUACUACUACAGAUACACACAGACAAGCUGGCAGAAUUAAACUACCAGCCUGGUGACCAUCUUGGCGUUUUUUCCGGCAACCAUGAGGAUCUGGUCAAUGCCUUGAUUGACCGAUUAGAAGAUGCACCUCCUGCAAAUCAGGUCAUAAAGGUUGAAUUUUUGGAGGAGAAAACUACAGCUUUAGGUGUUGUUAGUAACUGGUGUGAUGAUACUCGCAUUCCACCUUCCACCAUCUUCGAGGUCUUUAAGUAUUAUCUGGAUAUCACAACUCCCCCAAACCCGCUCCUCCUGCAGCAGUUUGCUCUCCUGGCAAAAGAUGACCUUCAGAAGAAGCGGCUUGAAGUUCUCAGUAAAGGCUUGCAGGAUUAUGAGGAAUGGAAGUGGUACAAUAACCCAAACAUCGUGGAAGUGCUGGAGGAGUUUUCUUCCGUGCAAGUCCCAGCUACAUUGCUACUUACCCAGCUUCCCCUGCUACAGCCUCGAUACUACUCGAUCAGCUCAUCCCCUGACAUGUAUCCAGACGAGAUUCACCUCACUGUGGCUGUGGUUUCGUAUCGCACAAGAGACGGUGAAGGAACAUUACACCAUGGGGUGUGCUCCUCCUGGCUGAACCGGAUAGACCCGGAUGAAAUGGUGCCAUGCUUUGUCAGAGGCGCGCCAUCUUUCAGGUUACCAGAAAAUCCAUCGGUUCCUUGCAUCUUAAUUGGACCGGGAACUGGAAUUGCUCCCUUCAGAAGCUUCUGGCAGCAGCGCUUGCACGAUGCUGAAUACAAAGGAGUGAGGGCAUGUCCCAUGACACUUCUGUUUGGCUGCCGACAGUCAAAGAUUGACCACAUCUAUCGAGAGGAGACUAUUCAUGUAAAAAACAAAGGUGUAUUUCAAGAGCUCUACACAGCUUACUCUCGUGAACCAGAAAGACCAAAGAAAUACGUACAAGACAUUUUACGUGAACAACUUUCUGACAAGAUAUUCAAAUUACUGCAAGACCAAGGAGGGCACAUAUAUGUCUGUGGCGAUGUUACGAUGGCAGGAGAUGUUCUGAAGACAGUUCAGCACAUUCUCACACAGCAUGGGAAGAUAUCGCUUGAAGAUGCUGGGAUCUUUAUCAGCAAGCUGCGGGAUGAAAACCGUUACCAUGAAGACAUAUUUGGUGUCACUCUCCGUACUUAUGAAGUUACCAACCGCCUUCGAUCAGAAUCCAUCGCAUUUAUUGAGGAAAGCAAGAAAGACUCAGAUGAGGUGUUCUGCGUUUGAUGAGAAGAUUCCCAUGACAAUAUACUCCAUGGCCUUUGAAAGAGGUUUUGUUCAAUUCUGAACACUUCAUUGCGCAUCAAAGUCCACACAAGGCUGCCACACGAGAGUGAUUUAAAAAGCUUAAUUCUUUUCUUCUACGAAACAUAGCUUGCAAUAUUUUUACACAAGGAAGAUUGCUCUGUAAUUUGCUACAUGGGGUGAUUAUUGUUGGGUCAAAUUUUUGCUAAUAUGCUGCUUUUAGAUUAUUUGCGAUGCCUCAAGCAAGCAAACAGUCUGUGCUAUGACAAGAAAGUUGUUGCAUGUAAUAAAAACAACAGGCAUUUUAUGAAACAACAUUCAGCAUACAUGGGGGUCAUUGUAAAACACCAUGAACUCUAUUCAGUAAAUGUAUAUUUUAAAGGUCUACAGGAGAUACUUCCUUUUUUUUUGAAAUUCAAGUAGCAUAUACAGGAAACGUUUCUGGUACGUUUCUCUCCUAAAAGGUAGCAAGAGGCUUAAAAGAAAAAAAUACAGAUUUUUCUGCUUGUGGAAGUUUAGUCCUGGUGUUUGCAUACUUCAAAGAUAUCAAAUGUUAUUAUUCUCUGAUUAUGCAACAAGAAAAAAAUACUUAUAUCUCUUUAAGCCUGUGGCAGUAUGGAAACCCAAGGUGGUACAGCAUAAUAACGCAUUUCUCCAUGUAGUUAUCAAUAGUUCACUCAAGACUUAGUCAUUUUGUGAGCCAAAAGUACUGCUCUACUGCUGAUGCACCAUCAAUAACUCUGAGACGUGGGUUAAGGUAGGCUUUUAUUGGCUGGAAGAAAGCACAAGCAGCAAGCGACCAUCACACAACAUCCUGGAGACUGAGGAGGGGUCUGUGCCUCCAAUCGCCUUCAUACCGGGGUCUGUGGGAGGAGCCACAGGAGCAGUCAGCGGUGGGGGGUGGGGGGCGUGUCCAGACAGGUAUAUGUAGUUCACCACAACUGCCUCCUCCCAUGUCUGUUUAUUUAACCUGCCUUUAAAUUAAGCUCCUCAAGCACUAGCUGUCGUAGAGUACCACAUUCUCACCAUUUUCUCAGUUGAGGUUUUUAAGAAUUCGCUGCUUGGUUUCUUGGCAUCUGUCUUAUGUUGUUCUCCUCUAUAAAUGG